AUGCGUAGCAUUGCCACAAUUCGUGAUAUUAGACUCACCGUGGAUGAAACCGACCUCGAACAAUUGAUUGAAGUCAUCAAGACCUUCAAAAUUGAUUAUGGAGAAGAUAUUUGGAUCAGCGAAUUGCGCAACAGAAAUAUGGACGCUUUCGUCGCCAUCUUACUGUGUAAACUCCCGAAUCUGAUAUACUUUCGAUUGAAUCCGAAUUUUUUGCAUAGCAGUGAAAUCGUUGGCUUGGUUCUCAGAUCGACCGUCUCCCAAGAUUGCAAUUUCAAAAUUGCCUCUUUUGAACGACUUCAACAUGUGACCUUCAAACGGACCACCAUAGGUCGAUUUAGACGCAGAACUUUCAACCCAGAAAACAUCCUUGAGUUCCUCUGUUUUCCAAACAUUGUUUGUCUAUCGGCUGCAAUAGAUGCAGAUCUUUACUGGAGUCCAGAUUCAAGACUCGUAGCAUCAACCGUUACGUCACUAGAUCUUGACAUGGUACAGGUUGGGAUGCUUCAUCAGAUCCUAAGUGUUACGACUAGACUCAAAACUCUGCGCUGGAGAUGGCAUCACUAUGGUAAUUCUGAAGCUGAGAUUCGAUACGACGUUAUCAUCAUGGCAUUGCGGCUCGUUCGAGAUACCUUAACUGACCUCACUAUCUCCGCUGAAAAUGAAGUGGUUAAUGUGCAUUCUCCUUGGGUCGAAGUCCGAGGAUCAUUAGGCGCACUCGUAAGUUUCACACCCUUGAAGAGACUUGAGAUUAAUUUAGAAUUUCUGCUUGGAUCUGUCUCAAGGCAUCGACUUCGCGAUUUUCCUCGAGUUGGCCAGACUUUACAAUUUGAACGCAUUGUGCCUAAGAAUAUCGAGGUUUUCACUCUCACCGAUGAUAAAGAACUAGACUGGCAAAACUUUGUUAAUUAUGACGUUGUAUUCAUGGCAAUUCAAUCUUGGUUGGGUGCUUGGAAAACCUCAACACCUGAUCUUCGAAGCAUUCGCUUUCUACUGAUGUAUGACUAUCAGGAAUUUGACUCUGCUCCCACCCGAGAUCCACACAAACUUGAUCGCACUAUGCGACUGUCUCUCGAUAGAUUAAGUGCAGCAACGGGGGUUGGAAUUGAAGUACGACAGAUAUAUAGAACAGAUCUUUGA